GGCGCUGAGGCGGCGCGUGGGUCGGGCCGUCGUCGCUUUCGCUCGCCGUGUGCCUUGUUUCGGCUCCGUGCAGCAGCGCAGCAUCGCGGGGGCCGCGGCGGCCGCAGGGGCGCGGGCAGUGGGUGGUCGGGGGAGGAGAGGCGGCCGCGCUGAUGAUGACGGGUCUGCUGGGCAGCCCGGUGGCUGCCGUCAUGCAGGAGAACUUCGGGUGCUCCGUGGCCAAUCGCUUCUACCAGCUCCUGGACGACGAGUCGGACCCGUUCGACGUGCUGCGCGAGGCCGAGCGCCGUCAGCAGCAGAGGAAGAAGCACGACGAGGCGGCGGCCGUCGGGAGGAGAGCCGUGCCCCGUGGCCGGGGGGGCGGCGGCAGGAGGGAGACCCAGAAGGGGCGCAAGCAGACGCAGAGCUCCCCGGCACUCUCCCCUGCGGCGCCGCCGCAGCCAGGCACAAAGCGAGCACCCAAGCAGGGAGAACAACAAGGAUUCAGUAACAGAAGUACAGAGGGGAAACAAGACAAAACUGAAUGGAGACCAUCUUUCAGAGAAUACCGUCCCUAUGGAGCACAAAGACAAAUGGAAUUCUCUGUGGAACGACCAGUGGAAAGAUUAGACUAUGAAAGACCAAUAAGAAGUCGUGGUGGAGGAAGAGGUGGAAUGAGAGGUAGAGGAAGAGGUGGUGGAUUAAAUGGAAAUUUUGAUAGGUUUGACCAAAGAAGAAAACGAGAACAAAGUGGGAAUGAUAAAACUGGGACGGAGCAGACUGCAUACAUGGAAGAGACUGUGGAAACUCCUGAACAGCCAGGGACAUCUGAAGGAGAGCCUCUGAGCAAACCUGCUGAAGGAGAGCCAAUGGAAGAAGCGGUUCAAGAAAUGACAUUAGAUGAGUGGAAAAAUCUUCAGCAACGGAAUCGACCAAAGCCUGAAUUCAACAUCCGGAAGCCAGAAUCCAGUGUUCCUUCCAAAGCAGUGGUGAUUCACAAGUCAAAAUACAGUGAUGAUUUGCAAAAAGAAGACUUUGAAGAUGAUUCUCAUGUGUUUCGAAAACCAGUGAAUGAUAUAACUUCUCAGCUGGAUAUUAAUUUUGGGAGUCUUCCUCGCCCUGGCCGUGGAUCAAGAGGAGCACGAGGUGGUCGUGGCAGAAGAUCUGAAGAGACAGGGCCUCGACCAGAAGUAGUGGUGCAGCUUGUGGCUCCAAAUCCUGAUGAUCCUGAGGAUUUUCCAGCUUUAGCUUGAUGGUCCAUCAUGAAUGGUGGCAUCUCAAAGUCAAUUUGUAACUAUGAAGAGACCAGUUCUAUGCUGGUGUGGAUUAAGGAAGCCUGUUUGUUUCCUUCUGGAAGGUUGCCUGGGUGUUUGGUGUGGAAUGAUUGCAGCUGUCUGCUGACAGAGUUGUGUUCCAGAAAUAUAGGUGGACAGGGAUCCUGUCACAGGUUCCAUUGUCUGCCUCCAUUUGUGAAACCUAUGGAAAGGCUUACAGUAAGUACUUCCCUACUAGGCUUCAAGUGAAGUUAAAGGGAAGAGUGUUUAAAAAUGUAUAUAUAGAGAUUAUAUCAAGUUCUCCAUGACACCAUGAUGAAAUGUAAACUGUACAAGACGAUCUACAAUUUGGACUCAAUUUCACUGUACAUUUGAAAGCUGUUUCUUUUAGGUGAAGUGUAAACUUCAGACAGUUGCAAGUUGCAGUUCUUCACUUUGGCAAAUAAAGAAAAGUGCACAUUG